AUGCCCCCCACGCUAGCGCCGCCGCCGGCGCCGCAGUGCUCGGCUAGCCUCGCGUCUCGUCGCCGCCCCCCACCCGCCGCCAGUAGAUCGCGGCUCGCCGCCCCUUCGCAACCGCUCGCAUCUCCCGUCUCCUCAUCCGCUGCGCCUUCCGCCGCUCGUUCCGUCACCGCGCAUCCCCAUGGCUCCCGUCGCUCCGCGCUCAGACCCGUUCCCGCCUCCACCGCGCGCGCAUCGACUCGGCGCGCAUUGACCUCCCCCGUGGUCCUUGACGUCCCUUCGCAGCGCGCCUCGCCGGCAGCGUGCCGUGCCUCUGCCGCCAGUGCUGCGGAUGGCGCUGACGUGGCAGGGCGGCUGAGCGCGGAGGAGCGCGAGGCGGUGGGCAGUGCUGACGUGGCGAUCAUAACGAACGGGCCGGGCGAGGUGGCAGCGUGGGUGGCGCCCGUCGUGGCGUCGCUGGCGCGCCUGUUCGGCCCCGACCCGCGCCGCCUCCGCGUCUCCGUGCGCCCCUUCCCCCCAACCCCCCCCGCGCCAUGCGCCUACCAUGCACGAACCCCGGCUUCCUUCGUGCUGCUGGCGCCGUGUCCCCACGCGUCGGGCAACGAGCUGGCGGUGCUGCGCGCCAUGCCGGGCGUGCACCGCUGCACGGGCCCCCAAGGUUUCUUCCACAUGCUGCUCUUCACUCGCCCUGCUGCCGCCACUGGGGGCCAGCACACGGGCGGGGAGAGGGGGGAGGGGGAAGCCUCGGGGGGGAGAACAGACCACCAGCAGCGGCACCAAGGGGAGGGGGAGAGGGGAGGGCAGGGGCAGGGGGAGGCGGAGGGGGAGGGGGAGUGGGGGUGGCGGCGGCGGGGCGUGGUGGUGUUUCUGGGCGGCGAGCAGCUGAAUGCGGUGCUGCUGGCGCGGCGCCUGGGGUACCGCUGCCUCGUGUACGCUGAGGACGCCGCCCGCUGGCCCUGGCUGGUGGACAUGAGUGCGCUGCGCUCGCCCGUGCUGCUGCCCGCCAUCCCGCCCGCCCUGCUGGCCGCCCGCCGCGCCCGCGUGGUGGGAGACCUCUUCCUCUCCGCCGUGGCGCAGGCGCAGGGGGGGCAGGAGGGGCAGGGGGCGAGGGGCGCGCAGCGGGGAAGGGGGGACGAGGGGCGGAGAGGGGAGGAGGGGCGGGGAAGCAGAGGAGUGGGGGAGAGCGAGGAGAGUGAGGUGGUGGUGGGGCUGCUGCCAGGAAGCAAGGUGAGCGAGCAUGGGGACUUCAUUCGACGUGAAGCUGAUGGUGGGAGUGCCCUUCUUCCUCUCCGUCGCCCAUGCACUCAACACGACCUGCUCUCACAGGUGAGCCACCACGUGGGCAAGCAGGUCACCACCACCCGCAGCCAUCACCUGUCGGUGCCCACACAUCCACCACCUCCCACAUCUCUCUUCACUCCCAUCCAUUCCUUCCUCGUCCAUCCUCUUCCCCCCAUCUCCUCCCCCCUUCCCCCCAGCGCCCCCCGAAUGCGCUUCAUCCUACCCCUGGCCCCCACGGUGCAGCCGGCGUCGCUGGCUCGCUUUGCCUCGCGGCGCCACAACGCCCUCAUCGCGCGCCAUGCCUGGCUGCCCGCCCGCCUGCUGCCCCCCGCUCCCCUUGGCGCAGGGGGAGAUGCACGGCCCUCUCCGCCAGGGGGAGGGGAGGGGGUGGGGUGGGAGUAUCUGGGGAGACUGGUUGCUGGGGAGGAGGGUGGGGAGGGAGGAGACGGGGGAGCGGGUGAAGGGGAGGAGGGGAGGGAGGGAGGGGACGGGGCUCAGGAGGGAGGGGGAGUGGAGGUGGAGGUGUGGAGGGCGUUUCCCUCGUAUGCGCUGCUCUCGCAGUGCUCCCUCGCCCUCACCACUGUGGGCACCAACACUGCUGAGCUGGCAGCACUGGGAGUGCCCAUGGUGGUCGUCCUGCCCACUCUCUCGCUGGAGGUGCGUCCGUGCCCAUGCAUGCUCGCUGUGGUUCAAAUGCAGCGUAUGACUUGGCUGUCAAUGCGCUGCACUGUCCCUCCCAUGCUGCUCCCUGCCAUGCUCCGCCUUCCCUGCCUUCUUGCUGCUGCCCUUCCUUCCACUGUCACUGCCACUCCUCAUCACACCUUUUCCCCUCUCUCUCCCAUGUCCCGUCCACGUCAGCUGUUCCAAGGGGGGGCAGGGGGCGUGUUGGGGUUGCUGCCGGCACUGCUGCCAGCGGGCCCAGCAGCAGCGCUCACUUGCUUCCUCAACGCUUCGCUGCUCCGCUCGCUGCCCUUCCUCGCCUGGCCCAACCGGUGGGCGGGGCGGGAGGUGGUGCCAGAGGUGGUGGGGGAGGUGGGGCCGGGGGAGGUGGCAGCGGUGGCAGCACGCCUGCUGGGGGACGCGGCUGCACUGGAGACCAUGGGGAAGGCGCUCAGGGAGGUGGCAAGCGAGUAUGGGGGGGGCAAGGGGAGUGCUGCCGGGGAAGGCGAGGGGGAGGGUGGGGGGAGUGAUGGAGGGGAGUGUGGUGAGGGUGCAGCGGAUGCGAUCGCAGAUGAGGUGCUGAAGCUGCUUCUCAUGUAG